AUGGCUAAUAAUAAGGUGGUUUUGCUGGAUGCCUUGCCUAGUUUGUUUGGGAUGAGGGUGAGAAUAGCACUGGCUGAGAAGGGCAUUAAAUAUGAAUACAAGGAAGAGGACUUGAGGAACAAGAGCUCACUGCUUCUUGAGAUGAACCCCGUUCACAAGAAAAUCCCGGUUUUGAUUCACAACGGAAAAUCGAUUUGUGAGUCCCUCAUUAUUGUCGAGUACAUCGAUGAGGUCUGGAAUGAGACAACUCCAUUGUUGCCCUCUGAUCCUUACCAGAAAGCUCAAGCUAGGUUCUGGGCUGACUAUGUUGACAAAAAG